GGCGGAGGAGCCGCCACUUCCUGGAGCUGCCGGCCGGGGCCGCUCGCUGCACUCAGCGCCGGAGCCGGGAGCCUGCGGCUACCGCCAUGUCCCACCAGACCGGCAUCCAAGCAAGUGAAGAUGUUAAAGAUAUUUUUGCCAGAGCAAGAAACGGAAAAUACAGACUUCUGAAAAUAUCUAUUGAAAAUGAGAAACUUGUGAUUGGAUCAUAUAGUCAGCCUUCAGAUUCCUGGGAUAAAGAUUAUGAUUACUUUGUUUUACCCCUGUUGGAGGACAAACAACCGUGCUAUAUAUUAUUCAGAUUAGAUUCUCAGAAUGCCCAGGGAUAUGAAUGGAUAUUCAUUGCGUGGUCUCCAGAUCAUUCUCAUGUUCGUCAAAAAAUGUUGUAUGCAGCAACAAGAGCAACUCUGAAAAAGGAGUUUGGAGGUGGCCACAUUAAAGAUGAACUAUUUGGAACAGUAAAGGAAGAUGUAUCAUUACAUGGAUAUAAAAAAUAUUUGCUGUCACAAUCUUGUCCUGCCCCAUUGACUGCAGCUGAGGAAGAAUUACGACAGAUUAAAAUUAAUGAGGUACAAACUGACGUGAGUGUGGACACUAAGCAUCAAACACUACAAGGAGUAGCAUUUCCUAUUUCUCGAGAAGCUUUUCAUGCUUUGGAAAAAUUGAAAAACAGACAGCUCAACUAUGUGCAAUUGGAAAUAGAUAUAAAAAAUGAAAUUAUAAUUUUGGCCAACACAGCAAAUACAGAACUAAAAGAUUUGCCGAAGAGGAUUCCCAAGGAUUCAGCACGUUACCAUUUCUUUCUGUAUAAACAUAACCAUGAGGGAGACUAUUUGGAGUCCAUAGUUUUUAUUUAUUCAAUGCCUGGAUACACAUGCAGUAUAAGAGAACGGAUGCUGUAUUCUAGCUGCAAGAGCCCUCUGCUAGAAAUUGUAGAAAGACAACUACAAAUGGAUGUCAUUAGAAAGAUCGAGAUAGACAAUGGGGAUGAGUUGACUGCAGAAUUCCUUUAUGAAGAAGUACAUCCCAAGCAGCAUGCACAUAAGCAAAGUUUUGCAAAACCAAAAGGUCCUGCGGGAAAAAGAGGAAUUCGAAGACUAAUUAGGGGUCCAGCUGAAACUGAAGCCACUACUGAUUAAAAUCAUUAUAUAUUACAAUACUAGUUUUUUUAAAAGUCAGCUUUUAGUACAGGAGAACUGAAAUCAUUCCAUGUUGAUAUAUAGUUGGGAAAAAAUUGUACUUUUUGAAAAAUAGCACUUUUCACUUCUGUGUGUUUUUAAAACUAAUGUUAUAGAAAACUCAUGAUUUCUAUUUUUGAGUUAAAGCUAGAAAAGGGUUCAACGUAGUGAUGUCUAAUUUUGUCACACUGUUUUCAUAGAAGUGUGAUGAUUCCACUCUUUCACAUAAUUCUUAAAAUUUUAUAUAGUUGGGCCAAUUCCAGAAAGUCUAGUGUCUCAAAGUAAGAUAUACUUAUUACUCUUUAGUGAGACAUCAAAUUUUUUUGUUUAAGGGAGAGAGACCUUAAAAUGUUCAUACUACUUAAUGAAUAUGUUAAGGACCAGGUUAGAUUAUUUUCUAAGCUGAAAACUUUGUGCCUAGGAAAAGGUGGAAAGUUGCUCACUCUGAGGAGCAGUGCUAACUCUCAGACUGUGGGAUCAUAUACUUUUAGCAAUAGUGCUUUAUUGCAGCAGUCUUUUCUAUUUGACUUUUGGGUUUUUUAAAAGGCAUUAAAAUUUCAGAAGAUCAGCUCACUCUGAAACCUUAAGGGUACUAGAUAUUUUCUAUACUGCAGGAUUUCUGAUGACAUUGAAAGAUGUGUUUAAACAGCUGUAGUAAAUUCUCUUUCUAGUGCUUUAAAAUAUUUCCUUUUCAAAAGUAAGUCAUUUCAUAAUAAGUAAUGUGAGGCCAAAUAUUUAUGUUCAGAUUGAAUAUUAAAUUAAUAUUCAAAAGCAAACAAAAGUAAAGUCAACAAUAGUGAAAAAGUUUUAAACAUCAAAAUUGAUUUUUCUCCGAAAUCAUAUAUUUAUAGACUAAUUGUGUUCUUUAUCACUUUUGAGCAAAUAUUUGGAUUUAAUAAAAUUGUUUUAAAGUCCUAGUACUUAUCAGUCUAACACCGAUAAACACUUAAGAAUCUUGUUUCAAUUUAUAUCUUAUUUCAAAACACAUUUAACUGUUUUCUAAAGCUUUGCCUUUUCAGUUACAACCUACAGAGAUUUUGAGCCUCAUUUUUCUCUGAUACUUGAAAAUAGAGGGAGCUAGAACACUUCAUCAUGUUCAAUCUGUUAAACCUGCUGCAAGAGCCAUCACUUUGAGGAGUUUUCUGAAUGAACUGUGGGGAUCCAGGAUUUAGAAUUUCUUAAUCUAAACUUUAUGCUGCAUAAAACAUAUCAGAAAUGCACAUUUCAUAGUAUAAAAUAUGAAACACUCAUUUUUACACCUUAUUUAAGGUAAUAUAUGCACCUUUCAGAAAUUCAGUGUGUGUUCAAGUAAAACAUAUUAGAAUAAUUAUGGUUGACAGAUUUUUUUUUCUAGAAUUAAGAAUAUUUGUGUGGGGUUUUGUUUAUAAAUAAUCAGAUUAUAAUAUUUAAACAUGGAAAAUAAUCAACACUAAUGUUGCACUUGUUUACUAAAGAUAUACUUUAAGUUGUUCCAUGGGUUACACACAUAGACACAGAUACACACAAAUUACUGCAUUGAUAAUCCUGGGGCUGUGUUGCAUACCACAGCUGAAGCUGUUAUUUUCAGUCAGGAAAAAUGUUAACCUGCCGUGAAAGUAUAAAAUAAUUUAGUAGUGAAUGUUUUUCUGUACCAUCCAUGUGCAAUUAUACUCUAAAUUCCACUACACUACAUGAAAGUAAAUGGACAUUCCAGAAUAUAGAUGUGAUUAUAUAGUCUUAAUUAUUAUUAAACCAAUGAUUGCUGAAAAUCAGUGAUGGAUUUGUUAUAGAGUAUAACUCAUUGUUUACAGUAUGUUUUAGGUGGCAUCAUCAUAAUAGAAGGUGAAUAAAAAUAUUCCCAAUAAAUUUAUAUAACAGUGAAGAAUUACAUGCCUUCUGUGGACAUUUUAUAAGUGCAUUUUAUAUCGCAAUAAAAGUUUUUUCUCUUUAAA